AUGGAAGCUGUUGAAAUAAAGCAGUUAUGCAAAGAGUCAAUGGUACAUUCUCGUCUUGGUAAAGAUGAAGUGGCAAUCCAGGAUGGCAAAGAUUUCUACAAACACAUGUUUGGAAACCACCCAGCGCUAAGAAAGUAUUUCAAAGGUGCCGAAAACUAUAGUCCUGAAGACGUACAAAAAAGUGACCGUUUUGCCAAACAAGGUCAACGCAUCUUACUGGCAUGUCAUAUCCUGGCCGAUACAUAUGACGAUAAAGCAACUUUCAAAGCGUAUGCACGAGAAACUGUAAAUCGACAUCGACAGUACAAGAUGGAACCAGUUUUAUGGAGGGCAUUCUUUGACGUCUUCAUAAACUAUUUGAAAACAAAGACAACUGUUAGUACGAAGAUGGAAGAUGCAUGGAAACAACUAGGCGAUGAUUUUGCUGCUGAAUGUUUAAGUCAUCUGGAAGAUCUUGGACUACCGCAUUAA